AUGGCAACCAGUGCGCCGCUUCUGGCCAAGGAGGGCAAGGCGUGCUAUCAACUUCCGGGCCACUCCAAGGCCUCGAUUUUCUACGGCGCAGAUGAGUACCUUGAGGAGCUGAAGCGAAAGUACGAAACUGGAGAGGGGGACCCCAAUGCAGCAGGUGUUGCCCCGAGCAACGACAAGAUGCUUUCGGUCCAGAAGAACAACGAGAACCGGAGCCUGAAGACCAACCGGCUGUUCCCCACUCCGAACAAGCCAGACCCCAUGCCGCAGAAUCUGGCAUUCCUCUUCACCAAGAUUACUCCAGAACAGAGCUGUCGUGAAGACACCUCCACGUUGGGGGCAGCGGGCCUUGACACUGGUCAAGGUGCAGAGCUCUUCCUCUUCCUUGAGGCAUUCGGCGGGUCUUCCGAUGGCUUUGGCGAAGAUGGUGCUGUGGGUGGAGACGUCUUUGGCGUCGUCUCCCCCUACAACGACGACGGCUAUGUGGCCGCACUCAUGCUUGGGGCCCUGGAGUGCGACACAAGCGCUGCCUGGGUUGGCGUGCGCUUGCUAACCAUGUUCUUCUUGACUGCGCUGCAUUUGGUGCGCGCAUGGCAGGAAACAGACGACUUAGAUGGGCGAGAACUCGGCCUGUUAGUCUUCGCCCGCGCCGGCGCCAUGGCUUUGCAGGUACUCGUGAUCGCGAUGGUGAUGGCCUUCGCCGCCAUGGAGGUGGCUGCUGCCAUUUUGGUGGCUUGCUGGUUGGAUGGCUGGCUCUGCUGCUCGUCUCGUGCAUCGGUGGGCGGCUGGCUGGUCGUGGCUUUGAGGUUGGGGUCGCCUUUGGCGGCCAUCAGUCCCUUUGCAAUUUUGACGAUUUUGUGCUCAACGAUGUGCCUUGGAGAGUUACCCAAGACAUUUUUGUCCGCGAGCUUUAUUGUUUUGGUGGUGCCCAUGGCGCUGAUUUCCAGUGUGGCAGUGCUUCGGUGA